GGAGAUGGAGGAGUAUAGGGUGGAGUCGGCGGCGAGCGGUGAGCAGACGGCGGAGGAGGGGAAGGGUGGCGAUGAGGGUAAGAAGAUGAAGGUGAUGGCGGGGGUGGACGAGAGCGAAGGAAGCAUGCACGCUUUGUGUUGGGCUCUGGACCACCUCUUCACGGCCACCGGCGGCGAAGUACCGGAUAAGACCCAAGCUCUCGGCCGUCUGAUCCUCCUCCAUGCCCAACAGCCGCUGUACCACUUCGUGCAUCCCAUGGGACCAGCGGUUUAUGCGACAUUAACAGCGAUGGAGUCGAUGAGAAAUGCCCAGAAAGAAAACUCAAUCUGGGUCCUUGAACGGGCAUCACAGAUUUGCAUAGAGAGGCUGGUCAAGGCUGAAACAAUUAUCAUAGAUGGUGAUCCAAAGGAUGUAAUAUGCCAAGCUACUGAAGAGAUGAGCAUUGAUCUUCUCAUAAUGGGCAGCCGUGGUCUUGGUAAGGUGAAGAGGGCAAUAUUGGGCAGCGUCAGCGACUAUUGUGCUCAUCAUGCAAAGUGCCCCAUCCUCAUUGUGAAGCCACCCAAGGUCCAUCCGUAGUUAACGCAUAUUUUUUUGUUUAACAGCAAGUUGUAAGACAUAAGCAUUUUGUACUAAAGUUCUUUGAAUAAAUCCCAUAUAUACAUAUAUAUAUA